ACGUUUUUAAUCCGGUUCUGUGCGCCCGCGCAUCACUCGCCGACUUGCAUUCAUACUCUACGCCCGCGCGUGUUCUACAUAUAUAAAUAUACUUGAAUUGACCGUUAGAUAAAUUAAUUUUAAUAACAAUGUACAAGUACUUUGUGCUGUUAUGUGUGAUUUCAUUUAUAGCUGUUGAGGCCCGCCCCAAAUGGCAGUUCCUGCCACCAGUCCCCGGCUACGUCCCUGUGUACAUCAGGACCGGGGACACGCCUCUAGAGGAAAUUAACCCAGAUCUGGCGGAAGCCUUCCACGCGCUCCCAGCCGGCCGCAGCGUGGGCAAACACCUGGAAGCCGCUGUCGAAAUCCCAGAAGCCGACCAAGCAGAAACACCCGAACAGGCUGAUCAGCCACAAGCAGAAAUUCCGGAAGUCCCACAACAGGAAUCCAUCGACCGCCGCCCGUACGAAAAGAAAAUUCUAGAAAAAAAGAAAAAAGCCAGCGAACUCGAACUCACGAAACCGAUCGAACGUAGAUAGAGGGUGCUAUAGGACGUACUUAAGUUUUUAUAAUGAUAAUACUCAAUCGAGUCGAGCUUGCCAUUCGCUUUGAUAUUAUUUAUUGUGUAACGAAUGUAAUGUAAUAUUGAAGUAAAUAAUUUAUUUUUAAUACCUA